AUGGCUUCCGCUACUCGUCAAUUUGCUCGAGUGGCAACUCGCACAACUGCCCGCAACGCCUUUGCCGUCGCUCCUCGCCAGGCUUUCCGCCAACAGGGUCGCAGAUGGUACUCAUCUGAGCCUGCCUCCCAGAAGAGUUCGUCCACCUGGCUGUACCUGACUGGUGCCGCCGCUGCUGGUGGUCUCGGAUUUUGGUACUAUACUGCCUCUGGUUCCCCUUCUGCCGCUUCCAGCAAGAUCGUCAACCCCACCAAGGAGGAUUACCAGAAGGUUUACAACGAAAUUGCAAGCCGCCUGGAGGAAAAGGACGACUAUGACGACGGUAGCUUCGGCCCUGUUCUGCUGCGUCUCGCUUGGCACGCCAGCGGUACCUUUGAUAAGCAGACUGGCACUGGUGGCAGCAAUGGUGCCACUAUGCGCUUUGCCCCAGAGUCCGAUCACGGUGCCAAUGCCGGUUUGAUUGCUGCUCGAAACUUCCUGGACCCUGUCAAGGCCAAGUUCCCCUGGAUUACCUACUCGGACCUCUGGAUCCUCGGUGGUGUUUGCGCCAUCCAGGAGAUGCAGGGUCCUUACAUCCCCUACCGACCCGGCCGUUCUGAUCGUGAUGUCUCUGCCUGCACCCCCGACGGUCGGCUUCCCGAUGCCACCCAGGGCUCUGACCACCUCCGCAACAUCUUUUAUCGCAUGGGUUUCAACGAUCAGGAGAUUGUUGCGCUCUCUGGUGCCCACGCCCUCGGCCGCUGCCACGCUGAUCGAUCCGGAUUCUCUGGCCCCUGGACUUUCUCCCCCACCAUCCUGACCAAUGACUUCUAUCGUCUUCUGGUUGAGGAGAAGUGGCAGUGGAAGAAGUGGAAUGGUCCUAAGCAGUAUGAGGACAAGACCACACAGACUCUGAUGAUGCUUCCUACCGACAUGGUUCUCGUGCAGGACAAGAAGUUCAAGACAUGGACCGAGAAGUACGCCAAGGACAACGAUUUGUUCUUCAAGGACUUUUCUGCCGUUGUUACUAAACUGUUCGAGUUGGGUGUUCCUUUUGCCGAGGGAACUGAAACCCAGCGAUGGACGAUGAAGCCAACUUGGGACGAGUCCUAA